AUGCCAUCUGGAAAUGUAGGGAAUCGAGGAAUUGGCACUGUUCUUUUCAAUAUGAUAAAACAUGAAGGAUAUUUAAGACCAAUGCGUGGGAUGGGGACAGUAAUUAUAGGUGCUGGACCUGCUCAUGCUCUCUAUUUUGCAUCUUAUGAACAUUUGAAGCAAAAAAUUUCCCAUCAAACACCUUUAAAUAUGACAGUUUCCUCAGGUGUUGCUGGAUGUGUUUCAACUAUUAUACAUGAUGCAAUUAUGACUCCAACAGAUGUUGUUAAACAACGUUUGCAAAUGUCAAACUCACCAUAUAAUGGUAUUUUAAAUUGUGUGAGUUCAAUUUGGAGAACUGAAGGAUUAGGAGCAUUCUAUCGUUCGUACAUGGUACAAUUGUUCAUGAAUGCACCAUUUCAAAUAGUUCAUUUUAUGACCUAUGAGUACUGUCAAAAUUUUUUGAAUCCAGAUAGGAUAUACAAUCCUUUAUAUCAUAUGAUAUCAGGAGGUGUUGCUGGGGGACUCGCAGCUGCUAUAACAACCCCAUUGGAUGUAUGCAAGACUCUAUUAAACACUCAAACUACAAAUGUAAGAGUUGAAGGUUUAUUCCGUGCAGUCACAACUGUGUAUACCUUAGGAGGUCCCGGAGGAUUUUUUAGAGGUAUGGUAGCUCGUGUCUUGUAUCAAAUGCCAUCAACAGCCAUAUCCUGGACGACUUAUGAAUUUUUCAAAUUCGUACUAAUGAAGAAAUCAAACAUUUCCGAUGAUCGACCACCUCCUCCACCUCCUCCAGUAAAUUCAACAUUGAUAAAUGAAAAAAUAACAAAAAAAACUAGUGUUCGUUGUGAUUUGCCUGUAGCCUCAAGAUCACGUAUAUAUAGUCAUUAUACAGUUAGAGAUGAUGGUUCUAAAGGUCAGCAAUUUUAG